AUGGAGGAAAAUGUCACUAUCAGAAGCAGGAGUGUGGCGAGAUCAUUGGCUUAUUCCCCAAACAAUCAGGAAAAUCCACUUCACGGUGAGCAAAGGAUUGACGAUUUGAAUGACAUGGAUGCUCAGGAAGAAAAUGAGGGCCUCAUGAUGGAUGUGGAUGAGUUUUUCGAUGGUGAGGAUGAUCUAUUUGAUGAUGAAAUCAAGGACAUGGAAAACAUGGGGCAAUCCUCCAAACUCAUCACGAUCCGCGCGAUCUGGAAAGAGUAA